AUGACCAGGCGAUUGACCCUAGGUGGCCGCUCUGAGAUGGGACUUCUGUGUGAGCAGAAUGACCCCGAGACACCACCACCCCUAUGGACACCUCCCAAGACAGAUUUCUGGAAGCGUCCGUCCAGGUGGCAGAUCUGUAUUCCUCGUUUAUGGUUUGUGGCCAAGGUUGCCUUGUCACUGUUCUUCUUCCUCGUCCUACUCCGUAUUUACUAUGACAAACACUCUGGGGGGGUGGACCAAACAGCAACUGAGGCUGAGAUUAUGGAAGCAGCUCAGCGCGACAACUGGCUAUGGAAGGACUUUUCCAGACAUGAUGGCCUGACCCGCGGGACAUUCGAUCUCAAGUUAGAUUGUCAGCUUAAUAAUGAGAGAUGCGACAAGAAUACACUACAUAUGACCCGGUACAAUGGUUAUAGGAACUUCGAGGAACCUGUUUCUGAGAUCAUACCUUGUGUCGGACCUCGUGGCCUGCCUCUAAAUGAGAGCGUUGAAGAUGCCGUUUGGGCUUAUGAAGGAGUAGCCAAAGGUGCUGUUGAGCCUGUUCUUGGAUCUUAUGAAGCGUCAGGUCUCGAUGGCUCUAUCUCGUUCGAUCGGGUUGGUAGGUUUCAAGCAUACGGCUUUGAUCAAUACGACUCUCUGGAUGUUUCGGAACUCGGGAAAUCAAGUGAUGUGGACUGGAACGAGGUCAGAUGGGGUGAACUGCAAGAUGUAUGCGUUGAUGCCAAUCACGCCCGUUUCAAGCCGGUCAAGGAACGUCAGCAAAACUCGAUUCAGUAUUCCAACGUCAGGCAUAAACACAAUCGUCCCACCAACAGCGAGGAACUAGCUGCGCCCACUCCAGGGAAAGUCAACAAAAUCAAGAGAACUGCCAUCCUGAUUCGGGUAUGGACAGGGGCUACUUGGAGUGCUGACGCAGUCGUCAACCUCCGCGCGAUGAUCGCAGAGGCUUCCCUGGCAAGUGGCGGCAAAUAUCAGGUCUUUAUCUUGCUACACGUCAAGGAUGAAGCAGUUCCGUUGUUUGUUGGCGAGGACGAGCCGAUGAACACCAUUCGCCAGAACAUUCCUCCAGAAUUUCAUACAAUUACGGAAGUUUGGAAUCAUGCCCAAAUCCGAGGUUUGUACUCGAAUCUAGCAGAACAUGCCUUUGUCGGCCGGUCGCCCUGGAUGAUUGUCCAAUGGUUUGCGCGCAACCAUCCAGAAUUUGACUUCUUCUACCAGUGGGAAUUUGAUGUUCGAUUCACCGGCCACUACUUGGAUUUCUUCGAGUCCAUCUCCUCGUUUGCCCGGAAACAGCCUCGGAAGGGCAUCUGGGAACGUGCAGCGCGGGUGUAUAUUCCUUCGGUCCACGGGGAUUUUGAUACUCAGUUUCGUAGUCAUGUCCACAAUGAAGACCCUCACCAUGUUUGGGGACCAGUCUCGGUGGAGGGUGUCAAACCUAGGGGUCCCAAACCACCCACUCAUGCUGCUGAAGACCACUUUGAAUGGGGUGUUGGUGAAGAUGCCGACUGGGUUGGAUUUCUUCCAAGCUUCAACGUGACGGAUACGAAAUGGUGGUUCAAAGAUUAUAUUUGGGGUUAUGCGCAGGGCACAUCGACUCCAAGACGAGCGACACUGAUCGCUCAAGGUCGCGUGAGCCGACAGCUCCUUGACAUCAUGAAUCACGAGAACGCCGAAAACGGCCAUCUCAUUGAUGCAGAGAUGUUUCCACAAACUAUGUGCCUUCAUCAUGGCCUCAAGUCUACGACUUUUCCGCAUCCUAUCUUUUCCGAUCGUGACUGGCCACCAGCGGCUCUACAGCAGAUCUUUAAUCCAGGACCAUUCGGUCAGGCGGGAGGGACCAAAGAAAGCACCUUCAGCAAAUGGAAUGAAUACGCCUGGACUAACAUGACCUGGUACUUCAAUUCAGCUCAAGCUAAGCCGGUGUACCAGCAGUUUCUAGGCAUCACAGCCCUUGAUAAAGGCGGUUCUGAGUGGGAAGAGGCUUACGGGAGAGCGGUGGUGCGACCUAUGCUUCUUCACCCUGUCAAAGGUGCAAAGUCAACUAAAUGGACCAAGGAUGGAUGGUCCGAAACCAAAGGUGGCAGAUGA